AAGUAGCUGUGGUGACAUUAGCAGACAGUUAGCAAGAACCAACUGUCACUCAAAGAAUCCACGGCCCUACUUUUCAGCUACUAUUAGCCUUUGUGUUAUUAUAAUGACGUAAAAAUACAGAUACAUAUUCUAUACUUCAUAUAGAAAUGUUAAACUUAGAGGGGUUGACUUGUUAUUGUGGCUAGCAUCGAGUGGCCUUUCUAGGAAUGCAGUUUUUGGCACAACACCCCUCUCUUUGGUGAAAUGGUUCGGUCCUGUUUUUAACGGUCGUUAACGGUCGGAAACUCAAACUACACUUUAACCGUCGAGUUUCAAAGAACAGGAGAAAAGGACAGAUAAUGUGUCACUCUCUCUUCCCAGGGUCAGCCUCCCCCUGCCCCUGCCAUAUUCCAGACCCAACAGGUGCGUUCAGGCUCCGGCGCAGGUGCGUUCAGGCUCCGGCGCAGGUGCGUUCAGGCUCCGGCGCAGGUGCGUUCAGGCUCCGGCGCAGGUGCGUUCAGGCACCGGCGCAGGUGCGUUCAGGCUCCGGCGCCCUGUCUCCCCCUCUACCACCAAAGACCCAGCCUUGAUCCCAAACACAACAGCGUCUCUCUGGGAAUGAUGGUGUUGCCACAGGUGCCGCCCUCUCUGUCGCCAUGACGAUGCCAUUCAGCCCCCUGUCGAGCGACGAGGAGCAACAAAGGAUGCUGGGAAACAAUCGACAUCUCUAUCCAGGUGCAGAGGACGAGGAAGAAGAGGAGGAAGAGGAGGAGGAGGAAAUGGAGGAAGAGGAGCGUGAAGAGGAGCAGGAGGAGGAGGAGAACGGCGAGCUGGAGGGCGAGGAGGACGAGGAGGAGGAGAUGGUGGAGGAGGUCAGGCGAGGAGGUCUGUCCCGAGGGGGCAGAGGUGAGGGGCACAGGCAGUCAGGGAAGCUGGCCGGGCGUCCCACGGGGCGGCCUGGGAACCCUGGACACACUGCAAACCCCUAUUCGUCCAACCCGGGGCCCACGCACCAACAGCCGGCCAAUCACAUUCAGCAGCAGCAGCAGAGGAGGCUGAAGGAGCGCAGCGCCAGCUCCGUGCCAACUGAGGACGCCCACAUUGCCAUGAUGGUGUUUCGCAUCGGCAUCCCAGACAUAAAGCAAACGAAAUGUUUGCGGUUCAACCCGGAUGCCACCGUGUGGAAGGCCAAGCAGCAGGUGCUGUGCUCCCUGACCGAAUCUCUGCGGGACGUCCUGAACUACGGCCUUUUCCAGCCCGCCACCGACGGCCAUGAUGCCAAGUUCCUGGAAGAGGAGAGGCUGCUCAGAGAGUACCCCCAGUCCUUUGAGAAAGGGGUUCCAUAUUUGGAGUUCCGAUACAAGACCAGGGUGUACAAACAGACGAAUCUGGAUGAGAAGCAGCUGGCCAAACUGCACACUAAGGCCAGCCUGAAGAAAUUUAUGGAUUAUAUCCAAACCAGCGCUACGGACAAGAUGGUGAAGUUCAUAGACAAAGGCCUUGACCCAAACUACCAGGACUCUGACACUGGCGAGACUCCUCUCUCCCUCGCCGUGCAGUGUGAGCCCGGUGGAGGCGAGUCCAUCCGGGUCCUGGCGGAAGGAGGGGCACAUAUCGAUUUCCGCUCCAAAGAUGGACUCACACCGAUACACAAGGCUGUGCGAGGCCACCGCCAUACAGCCCUGCUGGUCCUUCUGUCUCUGGGUGCAUCUCCGGACUACAAGGACCGGCGAGGGCUAACGCCGCUGUACCACACUGUGCUGACAGGGGGAGACACUUCAUGCUGUGAAACACUCCUUUACCACCACGCCAAGCUGGGCAUCAGGGACGAGAACGGCUGGGACGAGACACAUCAGGCCUGUCAGCAUGGAAACUCGCAGCACCUGGAGCAUCUCCUCUUCUACGGUGCGGACUCUUCCUCCCAGAAUGCCUCUGGAAACACUGCCUUGCACAUCUGUGCUUUAUACAACAAGGAAAGCUGUGCACGAAUCCUUCUCUACAGGGGAGCAAACAAAGACGCAAAGAACAACAGUGGGCAGACCCCCUUUCAGGUGGCUGUCAUGUCCGGCCAUUUUGAGCUGGGAGAAAUAAUCAAAAACCACCGGGAUACUGAUGUGGUUCCCUUUGUGGAGUCUCCAAAGUACGCCCCCCAGAGGCGAGAGAGUGCCCGGACGCUCGCCAUACCCCACCCACAUCCCUUCCUCCGGGCCAACAGUGACAGCAGCAUGAACCUGCCCGACUGGAUGGCAGUGCCCAAUGCCCCGGGGACCAACAUAGUCUCUGUGCAGGGCUAUAAGCAAACAGGCACCCUGAGGAGCUCCAGCAGUCCAAGAGGUGCACGAACGCGCUCCCCUUCCAGAGGGAGGAUCGGGGACAAAGAGGACCGCAGCAGGCAGAGUCGGAGACAAGGGCCUCCUCCGACCAGCACAGCUGUACAAACUGCGGGCCAGCGGAGACGCCUGUACAGCGCUGUCCCAGGACGAGUCUUUGUAGCUACCCGAUCACACUCUGCCCAGGGCGAGCGCGAAAUCAGCUUUAGUAAAGGAGACAGGGUCAAAGUGCUCAGUGUUGGCGAGGGCGGAUACUGGGAGGGGACGGUCAGGGGUCGCACAGGCUGGUUCCCCUCCGACUGUGUGGAGGAAGUGAUGCUUCGAAGCCAAGACAACCGAUCAGAGAGCCGUGGAGAACGAGCCAAAAGGCUGUUCCGUCAUUACACUGUGGGAUCCUAUGACAGCUUUGACGCUCCCAGUGACUACAUAAUCAAAGAGAAGACGGUCCUCCUGCAGAAAAAAGACAGCGAGGGUUUUGGCUUUGUGCUCAGAGGGGCCAAAGCUCAGACUCCCAUCGAGGAGUUCACUCCCACCCCGGCCUUCCCCGCCCUGCAGUACCUGGAGUCAGUGGACGAGGGAGGCGUGGCCUGGAGAGCCGGUCUCAGGAUGGGGGACUUCCUGAUAGAAGUUAACGGUCAGAACGUGGUGAAAGUUGGUCACCGACAGGUCGUCAACAUGAUCCGGCAAGGCGGCAACAGCCUCAUGGUGAAAGUUGUGAUGGUGACCCGCAACCCGGACAUGGAGGAGGGUUCCAGAAAGAAAAUCCCACAGCAGAGUAAGAGGCUGAGCACUCCGGCUAUCGCACUCCGAUCCAAAUCCAUGACUUCAGAGCUGGAGGAGAUGGUGGAAAGAGCUGCUACCCCUUGGAAAAAAAAAUCAGAAUUCGAAUCCUCCCAAGUUACAGAGAAGAAGAGGACAGUCUAUCAGAUGGCUUUGAAUAAACUGGAUGAAAUUCUUGCAGCCGCUCAGCAGACAAUCAGCACCAAUGAGGCACCGGGGACACGGGGACAGGGGCCUAAAAGAGACAGGGGGCGGAGCUUCUACGGCAAUGAGACAAACUACGGGGAUCAGUCGGGGAUGGGGAUGAUGCCGUCUGGGUUGGGCCUCGGGUAUGAUCGUGGCCAGUUCACCUCAGGUCACGCUCAUCCGCACGGUAUGCUGCGGCAGAAAUCUAUCGGGACGCCUGACGAGGAGAAGCAGUUCCUGCAUCCUCCAGCCAUGAAGUUUGCUCGCAGCUUGUCAGUGCCCGGCCCAGACGACAUCCCCCCGCCUCCCACCACAGCGCCACCGGAUCCUCCGUUUUCCUCAGCGCCGCCACUUGGUUGGAGAACCAAGACAUCUCAGCAGCCCUCUGUCUCCGUGUCCCAGUCCACAUCCACCGCUUCCCACUACCAGCCCUACUCCCAGUCCGUGCACUUCACCCAUGGGGGCAGAGAGCGGGCAGGCGGUGCCGGCUCUGGCCCCAGUGGUGGAGCGGCCGAACACGCACUCCCGUAUGUACAUGCCGCCGCCCACACUGCUCAAAGCAGGACUGCUUCGCGGAAGGUUGCCUAUACUGGGGAGCCUGUUGGAGCUGGCAUAGGGGCAGGUGGAGGGGCCAAGGCAGCAGGUCUUAGAAGAGGCUAUAGCACCGCUGUCCCUCCAUCUAGCAUUGCCACUGUGAUGCCCCAGCAACAACAGACCGCCCAGAGUCAACCCCAGCGAGCAGACCGUGCAGGAGGAGCUGGAGCAGGGGGGCCUAAAGGAGGGGCCCGGAGGGGUAAAGGCCCCCUGGUGAAGCAGUCCAAGGUAGAGGAUCUUCGAUUGAGCCAGGGUACGUUAGGGGGAAAAGGCUCGGUGGAGAAAAGCUCCAUCCCCAUCCCCACCAUCAUCGUGAAAGCCCCUUCGACCAGCAGCAGCGGACGCAGCAGCCAGGGCAGCAGCGUGGAGGCCGACGUUCCUGCAUCAGGGGAGGCAGAAGAAACCAAAACACCCCACGGCCCUCCUCCUUCCACUCCUGCUCCACAGCCUCCUGCCCCACCCUCCAUCCCAGCUCCGCCGCCUCCAUCAAUGCCUUCUAUGCGAGCCCACGAGAAUUUGGACUUCACCAGCCAGUUUGGGGCCGCCAUUGUCGGCGCAGCUCGCCGAGACAGGGAGCGGUUUCAUGAAGCGCGCAGAAAGAGUGCCUCCUUGUUCAUGUCUGCGGAGGAGGACGUGACGAUUGGUGGACUGAGUGAUGGAUUAUCAAGGACUCAGGUUUCACAGCAACAGCUGAGCACAGGGGCUGAGGGUGCUGCAGGACGACUAAGGCCGUCCAAGUCCAUCGACGAGGGCAUGUUCUCUGGGGACACCUACAUCCACCACACUCGCAGCAUGCCCCCAGCCUUCGGCCUGCCUGAGUACUCCUCCCCUGCUCUGGACUAUCAGCCUAAAUCUGUGCCCACCGACCUCUACACAGCUGCAGGCAGGCAGCAAGCGCCCCCCUCCUCCACCACCUUCAUCCACCCACUGACAGGAAAGGCUCUUGACCCCACGUCACCCCUCGGUCUCGCCCUGGCUGCCAGAGAGCGAGCUCUGAGAGAUGACAGCAGGUUAAGGAGGGGGACAGACCACCACUUCACUCGCCAGAUGUCCAGUAUCGUUUUCCCUUCAUCCGCUGCCCCCCCUCAGCCGGUGUCGCCUUUAGGUCAGACCUCUAGCUCCUCCUACCUGGUCACCUCGUCGUCUCUGGCUGCAACCACGGCCAGCAUCGGCCGCCCGCCCUCACCGAGAAUUCUCAGAGGAAUCGAGUGGAGCGAGGAAGGCGGCGGAGGAGGAGAGAGGGAGCGUGAAGGUGGAGGAGCACGUGAGGGGCUAAGGGUUCGCUUUUCUGAGGACAAAACGGUCCUCACGCACCACUAUCAGUCUCAGCCAUAUCAGCCCACCUUCAAGGAGAGGGAGCGGGAGAGGUCGAGGGAGCGGGACAGGGAGCUGUCAAGGGAAAGAGAGAGGGACAAAGAGAGGGAGGGGUACAUGAGGCGGGCAGAGCAGGCUGCUUCUGAUCAGCAGGCGUCUCAGUCCCAGCCGCCUCGGCGGCCCGCUUUUCUCAGGAUGGAAAGUCAAUCUGAUGCCUAUAUCCUGUCUCUCACUCCUCCCUCUCCUCCACCUGCUGGUGCUCAGCAGACCAACACGACUGGGGGAAGUGGAAGCGGCCUGAUGGUUCUCCCUCCUCCCGCCCCGUCAGUUGAUGCAGACGAUGAGUUUGUGUACGCCGACCCUCUCCCGCCCCCGUUAGAGUUCGCUAACAGCUUCGACAGGGGGAUAUCAGCGUACACACAACGAGCGAUGCUGGCCAACAGCCUGGCCUCCCGCCAGCAGGUCCCUCCCCCACCCCCUCCUCCACCUCCCCCACCACCGCCUCCUCCACCCCCUCAAAAGGACUUGUUUAUAGGUGGGUUUCCGGCUCACACGCCUCUGCCCUCUCCUCAGGCGGGGGACUCCACCGCCUCCAGCCUCACAUCCUACGACAGUGAGGUGGCGAACUUGACACAGUCUGUUCCCUCCCCCUCCCAAACAUCUCCCAACCCCCAACCUCCUCACUCACCCUCCACUCUGCAGCCCUCCUCAUCAGGACCCCCGCCUCCCCCAUCCGUGUCACCCCCGCCUCCUCCCGGGUAUCACAGACCCUUCUCCAUGUCCCACCCGCACCACCUUUACAACAGCUCUCACACUCCCGGGCGCUCCUCGCCCACGCCUCCCCCACACUCAGUCGCUCCUCCCCUGGCCUACCGUGGCCACCCUGCAUCCUCCGCUGCCUCCGCUCCGUUAAGGGGCACCGCCUCACACGCCACGACCGCUAGCUGUGCCGCUACAACCACCGCCGCUGCCACCACAACAAGCACCUCCACUCAGCUCUACCACGAGCGAACGCACUCGCAUUCAUCCGCCAUCACAGGCAGUCGCAGGACAGGGGAGCACCACCGACCUCCACCCGCUACCAAGAAGGGAGAGUCCCAGGAGACCGUGGUGGACUCUGGGAUAGAGGAGCUGGACAGCCGCAGCAGCAGUGACCACCACCUGGACAGCAUCCUGGCUCUGAGUGGAGCCAGGGGGGACAGGCUGGACCGAGGGGAGAGGGGAGGUGGAGGGGGAGGACGCAUGGGAGGGGGGACAGGUGAGUCAGAAAGGGGAGGAGACUUUCUGGAGUCUUACAUGAGCUACCUGGACGGACAGACUUUUGAGAUGCAGAACGCCACGGUCUCAGCCUCCACUUACCCGAAAUCCAACAAGUUCAGGGACGGAGGUCGCAGCGGGGAUCUUCACAGGCAGACCAGCACCGCCCCCUCAUCCUACCACUCCCACAGACGGAGGGACGAGCAGGACGAUGACGAGGAGGGAGUGACGGAGGACGAAGGCGGGCAGGACGGGUACGCGGUGAGGGAAAUGCAGAAUUUAGGUCGUCCCAUCUCGCCGUACUUCGACCGCCCGCGCACUCCUGAGAUGAAGCCCAUGUGGGAUGACGGCGGGGACGGUGGCCAGUCAGGGACACUUUUAGAGGGGAAGAAGAUUUACCCUCCGGCGUCCAGCAUGAAGCCGAGCAUCAUUAACGAGCUGAGCAACAAACUGCAGCACAGAACCAAGGACAGCUGGAGCAGCCAGAGACCGCUGGGCAGACACAGAUUUUCAGAAGACUCGGCCUCGGCUCUGAGCCCGCCCUCAGUUCGCUCCCAGUCCCCUUCUCCCAUCUCUUUAUCGCAGCCGUCUUUAUCCCCCUCUCCGACCCCGGUCUCCCAGUAUCAAAACUGGGGAGGCCGAUCCCCGUCCCCUCAGCCUCCCUCGUCCUCUCAGCCUCCCCGCUCCCAUUCCCCGCUCUCCCCCACUUACUCCCCUUACCCCACCUCCCCCAAACACAGACCAGUCUACCGGACCAAAGCCCUCGAGUUCCAGUUCAUCCCCAGUCGAGAGUCCCGCAAAGCAGAAUCCCACAUGCUGCAGCGUAGGCGAGCACCCAGCCCCCUCAUCUCCCCGUCAGAGAGGCCGAAACUGGGUCCGCCACGGCCGUCGUCCCUCCCUCUCCUCCCCACCACGCCCCUUUACAGCGCCCUCUACGACCUCCGAGGUUCAAUCACCCCACCAUCACCAGGGAACCCCCUCGGAGAUCCUUACUUCUCGCCCUCCCCUCCCCUUUUCGCCCCCUCCGGUGCCCCUCCUCCUUCAAACUCCAACUUAGUAGUAUCCCGCUCCCUCUCUCCGACUCACUUCCUGUCUGGGACCUCCUCUCCGCCCCUGCACCCUCUCCCUCCACCUACCUGCCUGAGUUACCCACAUUUACCUCCCCCGUCCCCCACGAAACCCUUCGCCUCCAAGCCGCUGCCCUACUGGACCAAGUACGACGUCGCAGACUGGCUGGGAUACCUGAACCUGGGAGAGCACAGAGAGCGUUUCCUGGACAAUGAGAUCGAUGGCACCCACCUGCCCUCCCUCACCAAGGACGACUUCCUGGAUCUGGGUGUGACGCGUGUGGGCCACCGCAUGAACAUCGAGCGGGCCCUGAGGAGCGUGAUGGACAGGCUGUCCAGCAGCCCGUUUCCCAUCUCCGUCCUCUCACCUCGGGAGGGACAGAGCGAGAGGAGGAGGGACGACGGGAGCCGGAGCUGAACCUCCAAACUCAGAGCCAGAAACUAAACGAGAGAGAGAGAGAGAGAAAGAGGAAGAGGGAGGGGGAUGGAGUCAAUGAGGGAGGAAGUCACAACUGCUGCUAUCCACAGUGGAUUCACACAACAAAUGAGGGAGGAACAGAUUUCACACAAAGAGCCACACGGAGAGGGAGUCACGUCCCAAAGGGGGGAUGGAAACAAGGAGGGGAGAAAAAAAAGCAGCUGACGAUCCAGAAACACACCGGCUGGCGCUCCCCAGCCGAGGCGGUCUAAAUCAGUCUCCCUACUCGUGUGCACGCUCACACAAACCGACACACAACAUGAAGACGCUCUGGCUACAAGACGAGACGUGGAACCAAAUACUUGAGAAGAACAAUCAAAAAUCCACUGAAGAUUUUCCUUUCUUUCUGACACAGCAGGUCGUGGUGUUGGCGAGCUGGAGGUUCAUCGUGCAGCCAUCUUUUUUUGAAUCAUCCUCUUCCCCCUCGGCCGACUCGUGAAUCUGUUCAGGUUUAAAAAGGUGGAAGUGACGACAAAAUAGUGCAAUGAAUGACAGAACUCCGUCCUGAGUGAGUGGAUCUCUGUUUGGUAUCUGAGGGUGAAUGUCUGCAGGCGCCGGGCUUCGUGUCUGCGUGGUGAACGUAGAAAACGACGUGAGGAGGUGAUGCUUCCAGACGUGUGAUUGGCCCUUUUGUGUGUCUGGCUUUCGAUUGGUUAUGUCUUGUUUUUACCUCACCACUGACAGGGCUCUGUCCUCACUGCAGGUCCUCAUGUGUUGCUCUAUAGCUCUUUAUCAUCUUAAGUCUUAUUAUGACACACUAUAUACAGACUGGUCACUGUAUCACAAAUUUGUAGCAAAAAUAAGUGCCCAGACCAACAAAAAAAACACACAAAAAAGAGGAACACACCCACACACAGGCACCUGAGUUACUACUAUACAUGCCUGCAUGCAUACACACACAUGUAGACACACACACACACACACACAAGCACUUAAAGUAUGGGACACGUUCUAUUUAAACACACACUUUCUGUUCGGAUUAAGACUAAAGGAGACAGACUGUGCUUUCAACUGUUAGACGGCCUCAAUGUGAAGAGAGAGAUCUCCCUGCGGGUUCUGUUAACCCAGAAAGACUUCCUCAGCGUCGAGGCAACUGUCGGCUGUUCACCCCCCCACCCCCGCGCUCAGACCUACGUGGGGAGACCGUGGAAAAAACAGAGAGAGGGGACGGGAAGAGGAAAAACUGCCAUUUUCUUGCUCUUUCCCACCCAAUCCCCCUCUCAUUCUCAACUUCGAUCCAGGAGGAGGAAAAACCCCAACGGAGGGGAUCUGAGAGAAACGCUUCUAUCAAGUUUUAAUACUCUGAUACUUCUUAAAAUUUUUAAACUUUAAAUGGGAAUACUGGAAUAUUGAUAUGAAGAGAUUUAUUGUUACUACUCAUCAUUACUAUCAUCGUCCUUACUGUUAUUGUAGCUCCGGAGAGUCUCCCGCUCUCCGCCUCCGGGGGAGACGGCGGCCGCUCUGACGGCGGUCGCUCUGACCGCUCAGUGAAGAUAAUCGUAUUGAGAUAUAAAUAUAUAAAUAUAGAUGUAUAUGUAGGUAUUUUUGAAUUGAAAGAUGCAUUUUAUUUGGUGCGCUGUACCCUUAACAUUGCUUCUGUGUGACGAGAAGCACUGCAACUCUUAAUGUGAAGCACAUUUUCAGAAUCACUUCGCUCUGCCUUCUUCUUCUUCUUCUUCCUUUAGUCCAAAUUUAAGCUUUCAUCAUGUUUUCUUAAUCUGUAACAUGUAGAUGCUAAAAAUGUAGCGACUGUUACUUUAACAUUUUAUUUAAUAAGCUUAAUUUAAAGUAGAAAUCGGCCCUCUCUGAUUGGUUACCUUGCAAAAGUAUCCUUUUAUUUUCCACUCCAUAUUUUCAUCCCAUCCCAUCCUCAGUCCUGCUUUUCUCACCCUUGCUGAGAUCAAAUAUAAAGGGCUCUCUCAUGACCUCUCUACCUUGAACAACACUUCACCUCUCCUGCUGCUUCCAAGUCCUCCAACACAUAUCAAACUCGCUCUCUACACCCGGGCGUCAGCGGAGAGAUCGCUCUCCUCCCUCGCUCGGCUCGACUCAUUUAUCUCUCUGCAGAGAGAGACUGAGUCUUCAUGCAUCGUGUCGCUCGCCGUGCACACUCGUACAGUGUACAGGCUGCAUAUGUCAAAGGUUAAAGAAGGGUCUGUCUGGGAUUGUUUUGCGUUAAUGAUCGAGGAGAGAUUAUAUUUGAAUGAAAGAGAGAUAGCAAUAAGGACGAUGAAAAUAAUGGUCAUCUAAUUAUGGUUUAAGAUGUAUAAAAAAGUCUCAAAAGUUCUAAAGAAUCUCUGUCUUCCAAAUAAUGUUUAACAUAAAAGGUACAAUGUAUUUAUUUAUCUGUUCUGCUUUCUAUACAGUUGGACCCGUUCUCUGCAUCACCGGAUCCUAACACUGUACUCAGAGCCCGGCACUGCUCGUCUUUUGCAUCUUCCUGUGUGUACAGAGCAACCUUCUGCAGACUCAUUGUUUAUUACCAGCAUCUAACGCAAUGUUCCUUUCUCCAUCAGCACAUACGGCUUCUCACAUUUCCCUUUAGACGUUAUGACGAAGCCAAAAGAGUUUUUGAGCGGUGGAAGAAGCAGAAACAACGGCCGGGUCCAUCUCGUGUCUAUCAGGUCUUUAUAAAAGCGUAGAGUUAAAAAAGGGGGCCGGUUAAACUUCUGCAGAACAUCUCUGCUGAUUCAGUAAAGUCUCACGGGGAGAGGUUUUUGAACCUGAGUGAGCGCUCGUCUGGAGAGAAGAUCUUUGGGAAUCGGUCCGACUCUAUAGAAAGCAUUUCUUUUCCUUUAAGAGAUCUUUUAAAAAAUGAGAAUAUGAACUGAUGAAAGGUCACUUACAGAAUAUAUAUGUAUAUGUGAUGCGCAUAUACACACAUUCAUAUAAACAUAUGAAUUUCAAAUGUUUUAAGAGAUAAUAAAUUGUUAGAAUUAUAAUAAAGAUACAGAAACUAAGUUCUAA